AUGGUGGACGCUUACGCACGAGAGGAUGCUGAUAGUCCGAAAUUGCCGAAUAACAUCGACUAUCGCAGUCUUGUAGGAUCGUUGCUCUACGUGUCUGUUAACGCUAGACCGGACAUAGCAGCUGCGACCUCCGUACUUGCCAGAAAAGUCGCACAACCAACUGAAGCCGAUUGGAUCGCCGCUAAGCGAGUUAUUCGAUACUUACGUGGUACUAUUGAUUGGACGUUGAAAUUUACCGGCGUAGAUAUGAAAUUACGAGGAUAUACGGACGCGGAUUGGUCUGGGGAUCAACGAACCCGGAAAUCUACGUCAGGAUACGUUUUCACCUUGGGUGGAACUGCCAUAGCCUGGAGAAGCAAGCAACAAAGUUCAGUCUCUCUCUCAUCAAUGGAGUCUGAGUAUAUCGCUCUCAGCGAGGCAGCACAAGAAGUUUUGUGGCUACAACGAUUGUUAGCAGAUCUUGACGCAGAACAGCAAGGCCCAACUGUGAUGUACGAAGACAAUCAGUCGUGCAUCGCUUUCGUACGUUCCGAGAGAAUUACCAAGCGUUCGAAACAUAUUGAGACGAAGCAGAUGUUCGUGAAGGAUUUAUGCGAGAAAGGUCGCAUCCGCUUGGAAUACCUGUGUACCGAAGAAAUGAUUGCUGAUGCGCUGACAAGAACCUGA